GGGAGCACAGCACAGCGAGAAAGGAGGCAGUCUUAGUCAGCUUGUUUACGGGGGAGAAAAGCGCCCAAACCGGAUUGGGAACUAGCGCGCACACGUCGAUCCGUCGAAAGGGCGAAAGUCGCAGGGGAAGAAGAAAGCGCUCGACUUUCUCUUCUCUUCCUCUUCCUCUUCGACAUCUCCGUCUUCACAACAAGACUUCUGUCAACACACGAGACUCUCUCCCUCCUUUCUCCCUUUCUCUAAUUUCCCCCCUCCAGUCGUCAUCACCAUCCUACAGUCACCAUGAGAGGCGAGGUCUGCCAUCUUCACAUCGGCCAGGCUGGCACUCAGCUCGGUAACAGUGCUUGGGAGUUGUAGGUUCACCGCCUUUCGUUACCCCCUCCCGAUUGGGAAAUUGGGCAGAAAAAAAGAAUACGACUCCAGCUCGCCUCGAUAGCGAGAGGAGAGGACGAUGGAGAGACGGUUCUGCAUGCAUGGAAUGAAGGAGACUGACGAGAGACGCGUUCAGGUACCUCCUCGAGCACGGUUUGAAGGCUGAUGGCCGUCUCGACCCCGAGGCCACUGAUAUCGGCGAGCCAGGCUCCUUCGAGACUUUCUUCACCGAGACUAGGGACAACAAAUAUGUCCCUCGCUCCAUCUUCGUCGACCUUGACCCUUCUGUACGUACUGUGGCGGUCAAUACUAUGCCAUUGGACUCUUGACUGACCAGGUAUAACAGCCAAUUGACGAGAUCCGAACUGGUCCUUACCGCCAGCUCUUCCACCCUGAGAUGUUGAUCAGCGGAAAGGAGGAUGCCGCUAACAACUAUGCCCGUGGUCACUACACCAUCGGAAAGGAGCUCGUCGACAAUGUCAUUGACCGCAUUCGUCGUGUUGCUGACAACUGCUCUGCUCUCCAGGGAUUCUUGAUCUUCCACUCCUUCGGUGGCGGUACCGGUUCUGGUUUCGGUGCUCUCCUCCUUGAGCGUCUCUCCACCGACUACGGAAAGAAGUCCAAGCUGGAAUUCGCUGUCUACCCAGCUCCACGUGUCUCUACCGCCGUUGUUGAGCCAUACAACGCCGUUCUCUCCACCCACAGCACCAUUGAGAACUCUGACUGUACCUUCUUGGUCGACAACGAGGCAGUCUACGACAUCUGCCACCGUAACCUUGACAUCCCCCGUCCAGGAUACGAGCAUCUCAACCGUUUGAUCGCUCAGGUUGUCAGCUCCAUCACCUCCUCUCUCCGAUUCGAUGGUGCUCUCAACGUCGAUCUCAACGAGUUCCAGACCAACUUGGUGCCCUACCCACGUAUCCACUACCCAUUGAUCAGCUACGCUCCUGUUGUCUCCAGCAACCGAAGCUCCCACGAGUCCUUCAAGGUCCAUGACCUUACCUUCCAAUGCUUCGAGCCAAACAACCAGAUGGUCGUCUGUGACCCACGCAACGGAAAGUACAUGGCUGUUGCCCUUCUGUACCGUGGUGAUGUCGUUCCACGCGACUGCACUGCUGCCGUUGCCGCUCUCAAGUCCAAGGCCUCCUUCAACCUUGUUGAAUGGUGCCCAACUGGAUUCAAGCUCGGAAUCAACUACCAGAAGCCAAUGCGUGUUCCUGGCGGCGAGCUUGCUCCCGUCGACCGCUCCCUCAGCAUGCUGUCCAACACCACUGCCAUUGCCGAGGCCUGGAACCGUCUCGACCACAAGUUCGACCUCAUGUACUCCAAGCGUGCCUUCGUUCACUGGUACGUUGGUGAGGGUAUGGAGGAAGGUGAAUUCUCUGAGGCCCGUGAGGAUCUCGCUGCUUUGGAGAAGGAUUACGAGGAAGUUGCCAGCGACAGCUUAGAUACUGAGGGUGAUGAGGGUGCCGAGUACUAGAUGCUCCCUCUCAAUCUCUGCUUCGUUUUUGCCCUCUCUUUCUUCCUGGACCCUUUGAAUUUUUUAAAAAACGAAAAUAAUUAGGAGAAUGGAGAAUUGAUAUCCCACCCUACUACUUCUUGCUGUUAUGCUGCGUCAAUGUCCCCAUAUCCUUGAUUUUAAUUUUGUCAAUUAACACUAUACCUUUUGCCCCUUUUUUGCUCAGCACGCAGAUCACACCCAUGCGGACACCUUGACUGUCGCGCAUUCCUUCUUUAGUAUGCAGAGUAUGCCAUUAAGUGUUUUACCAUGACGUACUGAAGGAUCCGUCAACUAAUAAAUAUACUUUACCUAUUCCAUCAGUUAUUUUUCGACCAUCACCUUUAUGUAGUGAAGCCAAGUUAAGUAUUUGGAUAUGUACAAAGGCAGUAAGAUAUUUUUCAGCCUGUAACUAUAUGCAGGAGCCCUGAUAAUUAACCCAUACCUUUAUAGCCCCAAAACGCCAGCAUCUAACCCUCCCUAAGGCAAGACACAAGAAAGUUAUUGAUACAGUAGAACUACUCGGAAUCCAGUUCCUUCAACACCGCCAUCACCCUCUCAUACGUCCACAUAGUCACAGCACUUGCCGGGGCAGCCUUGAUCAAACUCACCGUCAAUCCCCUAUACAACCCCCUAACACCCUGUGUCCUCACGAUAGUCUGGAUAGUGCUUGCCACACCAUGAUACUCGGGUAUAUUCACAUGCACAUACUUCGACCUCGUGGGUCCCUGAACCUGCAACCGCUUCCUAACUAGAUCCAGCGGAAACACGCCCGUCUUCGCCAUAACACUCGCAAUCAUACCGGCUGUAGCAUCUCCUGACCCAAACGGUAAAUCAACACUACUUAUCGGUUUCCUCAGCGCUUCAUAUGCAGCGAAAAACAGUCCCAUGUAUGGAACAACUUGAGCGACCGCCGCACUAACACCACGGAAGAACCCGCCUGCUCCUUCAUAGCGGUAUAUAUCUCGC